AUGGUUCCUUUACCAGUGAUGUUAUUUCUCAUAACUCUGCUGCUACCAUCAAUGCACACUGAAGGAAGGGUACUAAAAGAGACUCAAAAAGAUUCCACCACAUGUUACAAUCAUAAGACAAAUCACAAGGCUGUCUUGGACAAGACUGACCACCAAGGUGAUGGAAAUGUACAGGACCCUGAGAAGGUAUUCACUGCCUCCAAGCAAGAUCAAACAUUAUUUGAAGACUUGGCCAAUGCUAACCAACAUGAAUUAAACCCAUCUAAAAAUAUAAUGGCCCAGAGCAACUGUUGUACUCAGAAGCAUCAAGUGGACCCAGUAAACUUCAAUCACAUGGACAAUAGGCUUCAAGGGACUAGAGUUAGGCACCAAGGAGACAAUUUUAAACACAAAUUCAUUCUUAAUAUAGAUGUUUUUUUUGAUGCAUUGGGAAAGACAUUAGUUUCCCAUAAUAUUUAA